UCAAACUUCCGGACAACUCAUGAAAAAAACCAGGCCGCGAGAUAUCUUCGCGACCAGAAUGCAGCAUGCAAUUAAUUAAAAAUUAACUCAUCUGGCCGUGUAGUCAAAUUGUAUUUGUGAAGUUCCGCGGGUUCCUUCUUCCUCAUCAAAACGAGUUGAAAGCUGAGGGAAAUCUCAAAUGAUUUGUGGCAGUAAUGUCCUCGUCAGAGGAAAGCCAGUGGCUUGUGGGCAGUGGAGUUGGUUUAGCCUCCUUACGGGGCAACGCACCGACUUCUGGAGUUGGAGAACGUUCUUUGGGUAUUAGGGGUGGAUUAUACACCGAGGAAAUGACCACACAACCAGCCAAAGGAGCUGCUGCCGAUGCUAGUUCAACAUCGGUAGAUCCGGCUGAACACGAUCUUAUUGACUCCACCGCUGAUGCUACUCUUCUUGCACAAUUUCACGAAGAUGCUAUUAAACAGGCUGGCGUUGGCUACUUUCAACUUUUGGCUACACUUUACACCGGUUUGAGUCUUGCCGCCGACACAGUUGAAUUUUUUGUUGUACCUUACAUUCUUCCAAGUGCAGAAGUUGAACUCUGUAUAGAAGAUAGUGAAAAAGGAUGGCUAGGAAACAUCACACUCUUGGGUCUCGCCCUGGGAGGACUUUGCUGGGGAGGCUUAGGAGAUCGUCUUGGAAGACGAAGAGCCUUAAUAUCAGCGAUGUCGGUACAUUCAAUUUUCAGUGGCGUUGCUACCUUCAUGCCAACUUAUGGGACUUUCAUGACUGCUAGACUUUGCUCUGCCAUUGGUGUUGGUGGAGCAUUGCCCCUGGCAUUCGCAUAUGUGGCUGAAUGUUGCCCUAGGUCAAGCAGAGGUCGAUGGGUAGGAGCACUUGUAUGUGCAGGGGCACUCGGUGGAGUUUACGCAGCUUUACUAGCUAUGGCGAUAGUCCCAACCACUGGAGACAUGAUCGUUCUGGAAAAUAAGGAACACUUUAGUGCCUGGCAUCGUUUCCUUUUGCUUUGUUGUUUACCUGCCCUCAGCUCCACCAUAGGUCUCAUAUUUUUGCCCGAGAGCCCGAGAUAUCUCGUCGAAGCUGGUCGUGAUGUUGAAGCUAUGAUGGUCUACCAGAGGAUAUACAAGAAAAAUGACAGAAAAAAAGGAGCAGGUGGGGCUCAAUAUCAACUUUCAGAACUGGAACUUCCCAAUAAAAGACCUCGCACUUUAGCACCGCCCUCUCCACCCAACAACACAAGUGUUUUGGGCGAUAUUACGUACUCAAUCGAAAUGUUUUGGAAUUCGUUCCUUGAGCUUUUUUCUUCUCCGCAUCUGCGGGCGACUGUUGUACUUCUAGUCAUUUGGUCAGCCACUGCUUUUGGACUCUAUGGAGUAAUGGUGUGGUGUCCAGAAUACCUGAAACUUCUAAGAGCAAUAGAGUAUGAGUCUCACACCGAAGUCUUGCAGGGCCAAGAACUCACAAACAUCACUUUUACCGGUUCUUUGGAAAACCAGAAAUAUAAAGACUCGAAGUUUUUUAACUGCAAAUUUAAUAAAAUGAUAUUCAGUCACGUUGAUUUUGACAAUUGCACCUUCCAGGCUGUAUUCUUUAACGGUAUAAAAUCUAGCAAGACGCAUUUUACAGACAGUAUUAUCGAAAAUUCCAAAUUUGUAGACACAGAUCUCUCGGCGCAGGUUUUUGUGAGAUGUAAAUUAGAAAAUAAUAGUCAACUAAGUUUAACUAGUCCCUGUCCAACGUUGGAUUUGGAUUAUAAUAUUUACAUCGAGGAGGCUCUUUAUGGCCAUCUCGUGGGACAAAUUAUGUUUGUCAUAUCUGCAGCUUUUUCUGGAUUUAUCCUAACUAAUUUGCAGAGACCAAAGAUGAUUGGUAUCUCGUUAUUUCUUUCUUCCAUCGUUGCACUUAGCUUGAUUCUGACCGACACAAGCAGAACUGCUGUUCUGAGCUUCGAAGGCGGGUUUAUCGCCAUUUUUGCAGUUGCUUGGACGUCUUUAAUUCUCGCCACAGUUGAGAGUUACCCCAUACAUUUAAGAUGUACAGGAUUUGGUUUAAUGGCAGCUGCAAUACGAAUAUCAGGUUUAAUAGGCACGGCGACGUACCAAUCGCUUGUAGGCGCACCGCUGAUCGUACCUGCACUACUGACUGCGGUGGCUUUACUUUUAGGUAGUAUCGCCACCUUUAAAUUGCCACAAACUCACUCAGUCUUCUUAUAAACAAAGGAAAUCACAAGAAAGUCUUGAAAUUGAAAGUUUCAAGAGUACAAAGGAAGCUCCUUUUGCUGGAUUCUCCGAGUAAAAGGAGGCAGUGCUCAAUUAAGUGUCGAAGGUAACAUUUUUCACAAUCGAAUUCACAACCGAUUAAAAGUCAGAGAGUAGGUAUUUGUAAAGGACUGAAGAAAUGGAAAAAGAAUCUGCUCUUUUCCCUUAUUUCGUCAAAACGUGAUCUAAAGUGAGAGAAUUUUUGAAAGGGAACAAAGUUGCCUUUUGGAAAUUUUUUCAAGCGCACAGGUUGUUCUCAUAGUCUGAAAUUUAUGAAGAGGAUAAGCAAGCUUUGUAAAAUAGAAAGUAAGCAGUCAUAUCGCUAACCUAAUCGAGCUCGAGAUCCUUAUUUUUAAAAAGUAUCUUCGCCCAUUUGUCACAUUUUUUUAUUGAUCUCUUUCUAAAGGCAACAGCUCGAUUAGUUACCGAAAUAAGUUGGAGAGUAAGAAGAUAGGAAAAAUUUAAGUUCCCAAUGAGCCAAUCGUGAAAUUCCGGGAUCUAUUUUGUCCCGCGACAGUGCAAAUUGUAAAGAGGCUAAAGGAGAUUUAGAUAUUUUUAAGUUUAUUUUAGUACAUAUCAAUAUUGGUUGCGAAAUGCGAAAAUUUUCAAGCGAAUUUGAGUCUAUCGUGAGUUUUGGGAAUUCCAGAGUUGAGUUCUCAACGAUUUCUAGAUCUCGUAAUGGUCAAUUCUACAAGUAACUCAAUUAUCUAGGUUUUGCGGAUCAAGCAAGUCUCCUAAGGAUUGAUUUCGAUCAUUAGUAUAAUUUUUGCUUUACGGAAUAAUCACUCGUAUAUUGUUUACAUUUAAAAUUUUAAUUAAGCUAAGGCUCAGUAGAAAACAUAAUAGACUGGCAUAAUAGAUACAGAGACAUAUCCGAUGAAAUUUUCUUCCUUCGGUAAAUAUCGUAUCUUGUAGUUGUUUUCCCCAAAUAACGUAGCAUUUAGAUAAACAGCACUAACGCAGAAACUCGGAGAUUAAUCAUGUAUAAUUCUUAUUGCCUUCUUAUGUGAAAACUCUUCGCCUUUGUCUAUUAUCGAGUCAUGAUUCUGUCCUUGAAAUUUGUAUCGAUUCUCGUAUUUAUUCCAAAGAACAAGAGACAGAGUAUUCACAUCGCAAAGUUUACAAUCAAAGUUACUCGAUCUCAGCUUCAUUUGAAAAUUGCAUCAUUAUAAUUAUUUAAUUAACAUCGCACGUGCCAAGAAUUUCUUAAGCACUGGGGUAGAAACGUAGAGCCUCGAGUUUGGAUUCUAAUUAUUUUCUUCGCUUUUUGAUUCUUUAUUAUCUGAAAGUUUGAAGUGUUCAACUUUAGAAACCAGCAAUUUGCAAUUUGAAGUCGGUAAAUUUUUUAUUUCAUCAUUUUAAAUUGUGUAUCUGCUUUUUAGAGCGUUCAAAAUUUAAUAAUAUAAAAACUAAAGAAUUAUUCAAACAUUUUCCAAAUUGGCCAGUCUCAAACAAAAAGCCUUAAAAACUAAGAUUUUCGGAUUCGAUCCUCGAAAAUUUAGGAUGACGAAUCUUGUCUUGAAAGUAUUCAAAAUUAAACCAUUUUUAAUUUAAUCUGUAGUUUUAUAGUUAAACCGUUUGAAAUAGAGAAAAAUAAAAACUGUAAACUUAAAAAUAAACAUAUUUUUGGAAUUAAAACUAUUUUGAAAGUCAAAUAUUCGAUAUUAUAUAACUUUUAAUUAUAAAAUUUAUUACUAAACAAUUUUAAUUUUGAAUGAAUGAAUUCGAAAUAAUUUCAAGUGUGAACUUUAAAUGCCGUUUAAGUUCAAAUUGGAAUCCUUUGAAAAUAAAGAAUAAAUCAAUUUUAUAUAUAAAUUCAAGAAAAAUGCAACCUUCUUAAU